AAGUGUUUAAAUCGAUACAACCCGUUGGAGCAAUUUUAUAUUUUUUAAUAAGCCAUGUAAAAUUAAUUACUGUUUAAUGUAAUAUUACAGUGCUUCAUCUAACAUUUACGAGCGCUGCUUUGUGCGAGUAAAGCACAUCCACACAUCUGUAACAGAAAAGAUGAGUCUCGGUUUGCUUUCUUCAUCGUGAAUCAGUUUACCAAUUGAUUAGCAAGCGAUGGAGAAACGAAACGGAGCUUUUAGAAACUCGGAGUCAAUUGAAUCGAAUGCUUCGCAAAACGAUUCAGUGAUUCGAAUCGCUUGAAUCACAGUGUAAAAACAAAGAGAACAUAAACAUGACAACUCUUACAAACCUGUAUUUAACAAGUGCAUUAAUAAAAAAAAAAAAGUAGUAUAAUAAAUGUGACUUACAAAACAACCAAUAUAAAUACCUAAAUAUGAACUUUCUAGAUCAUUUGUGAUGGUUUAAUUGCUUGUUCUGUUUUUUUUUUAAAUAAUAAAUAAAUCAGGCUAAUCAGGUCAUUUAAGGUCAUUAACUAUCACUCUGACUGACUCCCUUACCAGUGUGCUGACUACUGAACUAGGGAGCUGAUUUUUUAGCCAUUUAGUUAUUUUUCUUUUUGUUAAUUAUUCUCAUAUUGUCCAAACACAGAAAAAAAGAAAAACUCCUGGUGAAGCAACUGAGAUCCAGGUGAGACACUAUUGUAAAGAUGGAGUUUAUUAAAGAGGAGAGUGAAGACAUGAUGACUGAAGAAACAUUCAGAGUCAAACAAGAAGAUACGGAGGAACAAACAAAGAUAGCGUUCAUUAAAGAGGAAAGCGAAGACUUCAGGAUUGAAGAAACAUUCAGAGUCAAACUAGAAGAUACUGAGGAACAAGCAAAGAUGGCGUUUAUUAAGGAGGAGAUUGAAGACGUCAAGAUUGAAGAAGUAUUCAGUCUGAAACAAGAAGAUACUGAGGAACAAACAGAUAUGAUUCCACUGAAAGAGGAGAGUCAAGAACUCAAUGAUAUGGAAGAAAAGGAUCAAUAUGAGAAACCUCAUCAGUUCAUGACUGGAGAAAAAGAUUUUAACGACUCAAAGAUUGAAAAGACGUCCUCACAAAACAAAGGAACUAGAAACAUUAAAGGCCACAUGAACGUUCAAACUGGAAAAAGCCCUUUCACUUGCCAACAGUGUGGAAGAGGUUUCAGUCACAAAAAAACCCUUAACAGGCACAUGAAAAUUCAUGCCGGAGUGACGCCUUUCGCCUGCCAACCGUGUGGAAGAAGUUUCAAUGACAAACAAACCUUUAACAGGCACAUGAAUAUUCACACCGAAGUGAAGCCUUUCACCUGCCAACAGUGUGGAAGAAGUUUCAGUAAAAAAAAAACCCUGAACAGGCACAUGAAAAUUCACACCGGAGUGAAGCCUUUCGCCUGCCAAGAGUGUGGAAAGAGUUUCUCUGACAGAAGAAACCUUGAUGCCCACACGAGUGCUCACACUGGAGAGAGACCUUUCACCUGCUCUCAGUGUGGAAAGAGUUUUACACAGAAAAAACACCUUAAUGCCCACAUGAGUAUCCACACUGGACAGUGCCUGUAACCUACACCUGCAAACUGUAGAAGGAUUUUCUCACAAAAAGGUCAUCUUAAGACUCACACUGGAGAAAAGCUGUUCACAUGCGAUCAGUGUGGAAAGAGUUUUACACAAAAAACUUUACUGUCCACAUGCCAUAUCAUACUAUCAGAUUUAAAAACCUUAAAUAUUACAUUAGGGUUCACACCAGAGUGAACGGUUUCAAAGACAGCAAAUGCCUUAAGAAUCAUGUAAACCUGUUUGUGUUCCUUGUGAAAUAGUAAAGCAACAGAAAAUGUAUACGUGUGUUUGAAAUGAAGGGUCUGUUCACACUACAGCUGAAUGUAGGCUACAUCUAAUUGUCCACUUUCACGACCAUUUCUUUUAUUUGCAUCCUUCACUUCUUUAUACCUCAGCUAAUUUUUGUUACAAAUAAAAGGACAUAAACUUAUAAUGAACUCUGCACUGUGUUGUUUGAUAUCAAUGAUUAGGUAAAUAUAUGGUGUCAUUCUGGACUUGAAUAUGGCAGAUGAACCAUGGAAUAUUGUUGAAUAAAUAAUUAUAUAAAUUGAAGGAAGUUUGUUAUUAACCAAUAUGAAGGAUUUGUGAGAUUUCAUUAACUUUUAGAGCCGCUUACUGUAUUGUCAACACAAGGAAGACACAGUUGUAAUAAAAGUGGUUUUACUAACAAAAAGAUAGAUGAGUAAAUAAAAGCUACUAAAUGAAUGGCUAAAGUGAUUGAUGAGUGCAAAUUAGUUGGAUGUUCAUAUGGCAGUUACAUGUUCUCUUAUGGAAAGAUAAACC